AUGGGUCCCUGUACGGCCUCCCAUUGCUGCUUGCCAGGCCCCGUAAUCUGCCAUGGGCCCCGUACCAACUCCUCAUGCUGCUGCCAGGACCAGUGUGUCAUGGGUCCCUGUACGGCCUCCCAUUGCUGCUGUCUCCAUCGCCACACUCUGCCAUGUGCCACUUUCAAGGUCUCCUCACACUGCUGGUGGUUUCCAUUUUUGUCAUAGGGUGCUGUAUGGCCUCCCAUUGCUCGCCAUCCCAUCCACCGCCACAUCUGUGGUCUCACACUCUGGUUUGGCCCCGUGGACUGCCCAAAUGAGUGAAGUGGUGCGGUGAUUCU